AUGCAAGCAAUUUUCCUAUUUUGCACACUCCUUGCAUGCAUUAUUGUCUUGUUGAAGCUAAGUUGGGGUGGUGGAAGUUUGGAUACCCAGGACUCAACCACCGCAAUUCCCGAGAAAUUGCACAAGGACCCGUACUUAUCAACUGAAUGGAUUAAAGACUCAAUAAAGCAUAGAGCGAAGGAAAACGAUUUGAAUACCAUCAGCGAUCAAGAGCUUGUGAAGUCGAAAGCAAGAAUCCAAAAACUUCUAUCUGUUCUAAGAAGACAACCUGCAAAGGAUAUACCAGAUAAUGUUGGAACCACCAAUGAGCCAACUAAUGUCGUUACAACCGUCAAUUGUAAUCCAGUUCUUGAGGAGAACUGCAAUCCAGAAUCUAUAGAAACAAGACUAAGUGCAACUUUACUAAAAAUUCUCGCAUAAGUAACUUAUUUAUAUUUUUUAUCGGAACCCACUCAAAAGAUAUAUAAUUAAUCAUAGGUUAAUAAUUUAUUAAAUACAUAACAAUACUGAACGUUAUUUCGAUGUGACUUGAUUUGUUUUAAUUUAUUUAACUCGUGAUUGAUACACAUUUAAUAAUCUAAAAACGAUAAUUUGACUCGCUGCAAUGUUUUCACACGCCAUACAGAGUUCAAUCAUGAACAUCAUUAGAGCAUUUUAUAAUUUGACAUUUGGAGCAGAUUCAAUAUAAAAUAAACUUCUAGCGAGUUUAAGCAACAGUACCAUAGUAAAAAUGCGAUUGAUAGUCAGUAUUCUAAGGAUUCGUCAACUAGUCCAAGAACUAAUAAUAGUUGGACCCUUUUCAUAUAAUGCUUAGUGUAUUUGCAUUAAAAACUCUCGUUCAAAAGAAUUCCUAGGUUAAAGAAAUACUUGAGAAAUAAAAAUUUAGAAUACUGUAGAAUAAUUUUGUUGAUUUUUCGAAAUGCCUUAAAGUACGCCUCAAUUUGAUCUAUAUGUCUGAGCAAGUUUCUAACUGGUCAAUCUAAAUGGGAAACUUUUGAAUACUAUACCACUAUGAGCAAUAAAAAUCAAUUGCUUUUAAGCGUUUGUCUCUUAGUAACAGCGUAAAAAUUAAAUAUACUGUAAGGUUUACUUGGAUCUGGAAAGAAUAAAACUGAUACCGAGAAGGAUACGGUUUUCUGGCAGCAACAUAAAUUAAAGAAUUUAUAAAGUUCAGGUUUUCUUAUACAUUUGCGUUGAUUGAUUUUUGCUUAACGCCAAGAAGUAUAUUUCGAAUUCCAUCGAUCUAUUUAAUCCCGUUUUUAUAUAUAAGUGGUAUACAACGCGUAUGUAUAAAUAAGUAGUCUUGAACUGAGAGCGAGGUCAGUAUAAAAGCAUCUACCCGAGAAUUCUACGUUUAGUAGCAAAUCAGACAUGAAACUUGUUAUCGUAUUUGUGCUUCUCGGCUGGAUCGCCAUUGUACACUCUGUUGGCCUAAACCAGGUGGAAUCGAAAAAACCCUCAUCUAAUGAACCAAAUAAUAAACCGUCGUCUGAGGACGUGAAACCGAGCGUUAAGCAAUGUAAACCCGUCGAGACUCCGAGUUCAAAGCCAAAUGAUCUGACCAUUGGUACAAUUACUCCUAAAGACGCCAGCACCGAAAGACCAAGUUCUACCGAAAUUAAUAUACCUUUAAAAGGCACUUCCACCCUUGGCCCUAUCUUAAAAAAACUUGUACCCUUACCUACUCUUGAACCAAAAGUAACCUCAAGCACGACCAAAGUCAACUUGAAAGACGGAGAUAAAAAUUUAGAUGAUUGCGAUCCUAUUCCCGAGGGUGUGGGAUCACGAUUGGAUGCCCAAACUCUAAGAACACUCGUUACUAAGCACUUACCACAAAGGACAUAGUUAUGAAUACGUUUAAAUAAAAAACUCUUUUCUUUAUUUUAAUAAAAUGCAUCUGUAUAAAUACAAAGAAAAUUA